ACUCACAAAUUCAUUAAUAACCCAAAACUUUAUCUCUCUCCCAUACAGAACCAACCUUUUCAUCAUCGUCUUCUUCCUCUCUCUUCAUCAUGGCUACAACUUCUCCUCCUGAUCUUGAUAUGGAUGAUUACCAAUUCCCACUUCCCGGAUUCCGCUUCCAUCCCACUGACGAAGAGCUUGUCGAUUAUUACCUUCGUCGGAAAGUCGACAAGAAGUCAGUUACCCUUGAACUCAUCAAACAUAUUGAUAUCUAUAGACACAAUCCUUGGGAUCUUCCAUAUGGCAGUGCCGCGACGGGAGAGAAAGAGUGCUACGUGUUCGUGAAAAGAGGAAGAAAGUACAAGAAUAGUGUAAGACCUAAUAGGGUAACAGGGGCAGGGUUUUGGAAGGCAACUGGUAUUGACAAGCCAAUCUAUUCACAAGAAGGGGAGGGAAAUCGCUGCAUUGGCCUAAAGAAAACCCUAGUCUUUUACAAGGGAAGUGCAGGGAGAGGUGUCAAAACUGAAUGGAUGAUGCAUGAAUUUCGCCUCCCUCCAACCACUUCUUCCACUUCCCACUUCUCGAAAACCGAACAAGAAGCGGAGAUUUGGACAUUAUGUCGGAUAUUCAAACGGAACGUUACUUGUAGACGAUAUAAUUGGAAAGAAAUUCCAGGGAGCAAUCGGGAAAUGACGAAGAUUACAAAAACAUGUAGUAAUGUUGUGAAUCGUGAUCAAUCAUCCUACGACGGAGUGGAUCAACGAGCAACUUAUAUAAGUUUUAGCUCGAAUAAUUCGUAUAAUGGAUUUGAAUUAGAGAAAAAACCAUUCUUGGCUUGUGAAGAAAAAAAACAAUGGGAGGAGUUUACAAUGAAGAAGAAGAAGAUGAAGAGAAAUAAUAGUGAAAUAGCAGCUGAAGUAAUAUCUGUGUCUCCUCCUUUGUCAGUAAACCAAUCUCCAGCUUCAUCGGGAUUCUCGAAUUUUGAUGAGAAUGGGACUCAAUUUUUUGGAUCCAGUGAUGAUUGGGAAGAACUUAGAUCCAUUGUGGACUUUAGUUUUGAUCCUUUUUCAAAUAACCCUUGAUUUUAGUAUUGUUUGUAAAUAACACACACUAGCAUGAAUGUUGGGUAAUGUCGUUUCAAUACGAGAUUGUUUGGAUGUGAAUUUGAAAAUCAAUACAUACCUCCUAAUGAAAAACUAGGAGAUAUAUGAUUUUAAUCUGAAGGUAUUUUUUUA